AUGGAUUCUAAUCCGUAUAUGAAUCUAAAUUUUGUUGAUCUUCUUCAAAGUCAACAAGAUACUUCCGUAGGUGUAGAAUCUCCUUCUAUUCCUUCUCUUAGCACUCAAGCUACUGAGGGUAGAAACUUCGAACACAAGACUCCUUCAGAGCGUAAGGAACGAAGGACUUGGAGUCCAACCGAUGAUGUAGUGUUGAUCAGCUCGUGGUUAAACACGAGCAAAGAUCCACUUGUCGGGAAUGAGCAAAGGUCAGUAGCUUUCUGGAAGAGAGUAGCAGCGUAUUUUGAGGCUAGUCCUAAGGUUGGUGGCUGUGAAAAAAGAGAGUCAUCUCACUGCAAGCAGAGGUGGCAGAAGAUCAAUGACUUAGUGUCCAAGUUUGCUGGAGCAUAUGAGGCCGCAACCAGAGAGAAAAGAAGUGGGCAAAAUGAGAAUGAUGUUCUCAAACUUGCCCACGAAAUCUUCUUCACCAACCAUAACAAGAAGUUCACCCUUGAACAUGCUUGGAAGGAGUUGAGAAAUGACCAGAAGUGGUGUACCCUUUACACGGCCAAAAAUGAUGGCAGCUCCAAGAAGAGGAAGUGUGACGAAGGUUCACAGUCAGCAAGCUCCGUCUCCAGUGCUAUAGAUGAUGAGGGAAGUAACCGUCCCCAGGGUGUUAAGUCUGCAAAAGCCAGUGGUAAGAAACCCAUGGGUGAGGGGAAGGACCUCUCACAGUUUCAGACAAUAUGGAGCAUAAAGAUGCAGGAUUCGUUUAUGAAGGAAAGACUGUCAAAGAUGAAGUUGCUUGACAGUCUCAUUGCAAAACAAGAUCCGCUUCAAGAUUACGAAGAAGCUCUAAAAAAGAAGCUCAUUACCGAGUUAAUGACUGAUUAG